GAGUGCCAAGCAACCUGUUUCAAAAAUUCCUCUUACUUUUUUUCGAAAAGCGGAAGAGAUUGGGAUAACAACAAUCGUGCUUGCUCCGACCAGAAAGGUUAUUUAGUCUCCAUAGAAACUGAGGAAGAAUGGCAGUUUAUCAAUCGUGAGAUUCAAAAGCGUGGUACUUGGAAUGAUAGUGCGUGGCACAUUGGUUUAGAGAAGAAAGGCAGGGUUUGGACUUGGCUGAGUGGAGAAACACUGAAUAUUUCGAAAUGGCGAGAUUCUGAGCCAGGUGGUAACGACAAAAGGGCGGAGAUAUCUAAGAAUGGAGGCCUCUUUAAAAAUAUCUCUAAGUGUAGUAGAAAUGCCUAUAUUUGCGAGACGCCCGGAGGUAAGAUCACAUUCCAACCAUUAAGUUAA